GAGGACAGCACAAACAGAGGGUGAUGGAGGGAGGCAGGGCGGGGCUGCUGAGUGGAAGAGCAGAGUCACCAGGACGGCGCGACAGUAUCUACGGGACGAGUCACUCGGCAGCAGAGGAGGGGGCAGUCUUCCAGCCUGGAUGGGCCCAGCGAUGCCUUGAUGGAGUAUGGGCCAGGUUUUAGGAUUUUCCCACUGCCAGGAAUAUGGCUCAGUGGCGUCCACACCGGACUCGACGCCUCCGUGCACCGAUGGCAGAAACGAGGAGUCUGAGAUGUAUGAGCUGCAGACGGCCAGGGAAUGGUCAGAGGACGAGGGAGGAGAUGGAGGUCCAGAUGACGAGGAGGCACUGGCUUCGUCGCCAUCCAUCUGGGGCACGCCCCGUCAGAACUCCUUUGAGCUGACCUUCUCUUAUAUUGCCAUCGCCGAAGCAGAGGCAGCGGGAGCCUCGCGUCUGCUCCGUGAACGGCACAGAGGCAGUUCUCGGGGAAGUCGUUCUCCUUUAAGCCACGCGGACACACUGGAAACGCUGCUGGACUCUCCUGAUGUAGACUGGGACCCUCAAGGUUUCAUCAGCCAUGAAGAAGAGGAGGAUGCAUUAGAAAGGAGGGAGCGGGAUGAGGUGGAGGAGGCAGAAAACGUGGAGAGUGGGCAGGACCGUCAGAGUGAAACUAUUAGAAUUCAGCCUCUUUCACCAAACCUGGACCAAGAACCUCAGGAGAGAGACACAGGAACCCAAAGACAGACUCAAAGCAGCCAGCCACAGACAGUCCAGCCUGUGUGUCCUGAGCGGGACCUGACCUCUGAGACUUUUCAGGCAGCAGCCACAGUGACAUCACCGGCCCUCGAGCCUGAGCCUGCUGUUACCGUGGAAACCAUUUCAGUCAAGCUCCUCACAUCUGUGCGGUGCAGAGGCGGCCUCAAAGGAGACUCUACAUCCACAUCGCCAGACACCACUGGCCUAAACUCUCAGGAACAGCCGGUCAGCGAUCACUGGUUUUCAGCACUGAACAUUUCAGAGGAUGCAACAGUUUUCGGCCACAUAGCAGUGAUGGACCUCAUCUACUGGAAGGACACAGAGCGGACAGGCAUGGUGCUAACGGGGCUGGUGGUGGGCCUGCUGUCCUUGUUCCAGCUCAGCAUCAUCACUGUGGUUUCCACCCUCUCAUUGGCCAUCAUGUGCUUCACCAUCUCCGUGCGCAUCUACUACCAGCUUCUCUACAUCCUCAACUGGGGUGACGGAGUACAUCCAUUCAAGUCGUAUCUGGACUUGGACAUCAGCCUCAGCGGAGAGCAGGCUGAUCACUACAUGCAGAAAGCCAUCGUUCUGGUCCUGUCCACUGUGGACAGAUUCAAGAGGCUCUUUUUUGUUGGAAACCUCUUUGACUCCCUAAAGUUUCUGUUUCUGUUGUACCUCAUCACAUUCUUGGGAGACCUGUGCAAUGGCCUUACUCUGCUCAUCAUCGGUGUGAUUGCUGUCUUUUCGCUGCCUCUUUUCUACAGACAACGCCAAGAGCAGGUGGACGGCUUCUUUGCAAAAAUCCAGGCCCACGUGGACAACUUCAAGGACUUUCUGAAAAGACUAGCCCAGGGAGGCGGUCCUCCCCCUGACCCAACUCCAGGUGGCGCCAAACCCAAAACCCAGUAAACACUUGUGGACAAAAACUUAGAGAAGCUCACAGAGUUCCAGGCUGUCACUCAGAUGUCUUACCCAGCAGUCUGUGCUCUGAACUCCAGGGAACGCAGCUCCAGACACUAGGGGAGGGAGGGGAGGUUAUUUAACGGGAGGCUGACUGGGUCUAGCCAUGGCACGUGGUUUUCUAACUGUAUCUAGGGUGCGGGGUUAGAGGUCGAUGUUGAGACUCUUGCUGCAGACAUCAGAGACCUUCUGAUGGACACGUUGUAGGAAACGGCUCGUCUCACUGAAAAUAUUCAGUUUUUAUGAUAUUAAUAUAUUUCAAAAAGUGUCUUAGAUGACUGACAGCUACAAUCCAAAUGAGGCCGGACAUGGAAAGUUGUGUGUAUAUAGGAAACCUGUGCACUCCCCCACUGACUGCUGCACACCUGUGAACUGCCCAAAGUCAGCUGAUGAUAUGAAUUAUUGCUGUAAAGAGGUGAGAGGAGUGUUUGAACACAAACACACACACCAAGCUCACUUCUCCAAAAGAAAUCACCGCAGCAGAAAUCUGGCAUAUUCGGGCAGGUUCAGACACAAAACCCAAAAAUUCCUUCUGCAGCUCAUUAGAAAAUGGACAGUUUUCCACAACCAGAACGGGAAUGGUUUGUUUAAAUUAUUCAGUAUAUUGCACAGUGAAAGUUACCGAAGCAGCCAAGUGCAUCGUGGCCUCAACUAAAUAUUUGUAAUUUUGAGUUACUGAGUUUUGCAUCUGAACCCUUCAUAUGCAUUUUCACACCUGCCCACCUGUUUGUGGAUAUGAGAAUCAUUUCUGACACACAUCAUUGACUGAAUUUGCUACAUAGCAGCUGCUAUUAAAAAUCACAUUUGUUUUAUUUUGAAAAUACUGUUUAGUUUCAUUCAUAUUGUCUGGUUGAGUUUCUCUAGUCGUGAUGGAUGAGAACAAGUUUGGUGCAAUUAUUUGGGAGGUGGGGGGGUGUGGCAGGGGUCAUAAAUGAUGGAG